UUUAGGAUGGGCUGCGCCUGCAGUUAGAAGUUUGAGCUUGAACUGAGCCAACGAUAACAUUUAGUCAGCUCCCAUCACCCCGCCAGUCACCAACAGGAUCUGGAUCUGUUUUCUCCGUCGAUCCCAGUUAGGAUGUGUAUAUAGAAAGUGUCAGCCUGAGCUCCUACAGGUGUCACCCAUCAUGGACAGGAUAGGGGUCUCUUUCCUGGACCCGCUGGAGGACUACGAGCUUAUCCACCGGAUUGGUUGCGGCACCUACGGAGAUGUGUUCAAGGCUCGCAACAUCAGGACGUCUGAACUGGCAGCAAUUAAGAUUGUCAAGCUGGAUCCUGGUGAUGACAUCACAUCCAUCCAGCAGGAGAUCACCAUGAUGAAGGAAUGCAAGCACAAAAACAUUGUGGCCUACUUUGGCAGCUAUCACAGGAACACCAAACUGUGGAUUUGUAUGGAGUACUGUGGGGGAGGAUCACUUCAGGAUAUGUACCAAGUGACGGGUCCAUUAAAAGAGAAACAGAUAGCAUUCGUGUGCAGGGAAACCCUCCAGGGUCUGUAUCAUUUGCAUGAAACGGGCAAAAUGCAUAGAGACAUAAAGGGAGCUAACAUUCUUUUGACCGAACGAGGUGAUGUCAAACUAGCUGACUUUGGAGUGGCAGCUGAGAUUAGUGCUUCAGUGGCCAAAAGAAAGUCGUUUAUUGGAACUCCCUACUGGAUGGCUCCAGAGGUGGCUGCAGUGGAGAAGAAGGGCGGCUACAACCACUUAUGUGAUAUCUGGGCUGUCGGCAUCACUGCCAUCGAGUUAGCAGAGCUACAGCCGCCCAUGUUUGACCUCCACCCAAUGAGAGCACUGAUGUUGAUGUCCAAGAGCAAUUUCCAGCCUCCAAAACUGAAGGAUAAAGCCAAGUGGUCUGCAGGUUUUCACAGCUUUGUGAAGAUGGCUCUCAAUAAAAAUCCCCGUAAAAGGCCCUCAGCUGAGACCCUUCUGCAGCAUCCAUUUGUGACCCAGCUGCUGACCCGGAACCUGAUCAUUGAGCUGCUAGACCUGGCUAACAAUCCUGAGCUAUACAACUCCCUCACACACAGCUUAGAUGACAAUGAGCUGGAGAUUGGAGAAGUGGCUCCAGACAAGAUUCAGUCAGCAGGAAAACUGCCUGCAGAGAGGACCCUGUCUGAAGAACAAUUUGACCAAAUAAAGUUUGGACGUCCACUGAGAAAAGUCACAGAGCCUUAUCCUGACAUGCAGGGCGGCUACAAUGAUGACUGGAGUCUGUCUGGAGAUGAAGAUAACUCACCGAGCCUGUUGGAAUGUGUGGAACAAGCCCUGCAGAUGAGGAGUUUAACAAUUACAAGGGCGCCAUCUGCUGAUGGAGGUAGGAAGAGUGGUUUGUUCAGUCCUACAGCCUCACUGCCAGCCUUCAGCUCUUUAACUUCCAACACAGAAGACAGAGACCUGACACCGAGACCGACUUGCACACUUGGACCUGACACUGCCAUCACAGCUGACUCCGGCUCCACAGCAGUCUUGUCUAGGUGUUCUGCCACACAGGACAUCAGUCAGCACUGCAGUGACCCAUGCUUGCCACCACAACACACUGUAGUUGCAGGGAAAAUGAUGGUUUCCUCCCCCAAAAGAGAGACACCACUGUCUCCUGAGUGGAGCACACUGCGGAAAAAGCCAGAGGAAUCAAGAGCUGAUUGUCAUGGGCUUCCUCCCACCCCUCAAGUCCAUAUGGGGGCCUGCUUUACCAAAGUGUUCAAUGGCUGUCCUCUAAAAAUCCACUGUGCUGCGACCUGGAUCUUACCGAAAACAAAAGAUCAGUAUCUUAUCCUUGGAGCGGAGGAAGGGAUCUACACAUUGAACCUAAAUGAACUUCAUGAAGAUACACUAGAAAAGCUCCUCCCCCAGCGAUGUACAUGGCUAUAUGUUAUGAAUAAUGUGCUGAUGUCUGUAUCAGGAAAAUCAUCCCAGCUUUAUUCCCACAGUCUGACAGCUCUGUUUGAACAGAAAGGACAUCUGCAUAAAAAGCACGGCAGCCUGUCUCUCAGCACUAACCGCUUCACUGAGAGGAUGAUUCCCAGAAAGUUUGCCAUAUCUGUGAAAAUUCCAGACACUAAAGGCUGUAGGAGAUGUAGUGUAGCAAGAAACCCCUAUACUGACAGUACAUUUUUGUGUGGGGCGGUUCCAUCCGGCCUGGUGCUGCUGUUGUGGUAUGAGCCUCUCCAGAAAUUUAUGCAUCUAAAGCACAUAUCAGUGCGACUACCAGAUCCUCUGCCAAUAUUUGAGCUUCUGGUGCUGGUAACAGAUGAGUUUCCCCAGCUGUGUGUGGGGGUGAGAGAGUGUAAUAAUAGGGACACUCCCACCAGCCAGCAGCUCAAGUUUGAAAUAAUAGAGCUGAAUGCUCCCCCUACUUCAGUGCCAGAUAAUGGGGCCCUCAGAGCUGUACAGGUAACCCAGCUUGACCGAGACACAGUUCUGAUUGCAGUUGAAAAAAUUGUUAAGAUAGUGGACAUGAAAGGGCUUCCAUCCAAAGAGCUGGCAACUGAGAUAGUUUUUGACUUCCCAAUUGAAACACUAGUUUGUUUACAGGAUAGUGUGCUGGCUUUCUGGAAGCAUGGCCUUAAAGGAAGGAGUUUCCAUUCGGAUGAGAUAACACAGGAAAUCACAGAUGAGAGUCGAGUUUUUCGUGUUUUGGGAACAAACAGAGACAUCAUCCUUCAGAGUACACCAACUGAUGACCCCUCAGCACUCAGCAACCUGUACAUCUUAACUGGUCAUGAGAGCAGUUACUGAGCUGAAAAACAGGCUGUCUUCUUAAAGACUGUCUUUAAAUACAACUUGUGUUUUAAACAGUGUCUUUCCAACAAAUAUUUUACUGCCUCAAAGUUAAGGAAUGAUACCAAUUUUAUUGAAAGUGUAGUAGACCUUCAUAGCAUCUGCCCACACUAGGUUCCUACUGGAGGUUUCUGUGUGGAUACAGCUUCCAUCCCAAAUCAGGCUGCAUGUUGUUGAGAAACUGUUGUUUAGAUGAAUUUGCCAGUAUGUUUAAGGAUAACCCGACUAAUGCUGCAGUAGCCAAAAUUUCAUCCAUCUUGCCAGUUUUAGUCAUAAUACAACGAGGGGGGAGCAGACAUAGGAAAUUUGACCUCAUACCAAAUAUGUGGGUUGGGUAUUUCAGUCUCUUUUUGGACACUACAGUCUUCUCCGUUUUUUGUACACAAUGUUUGGUCAGGAGGGAGAGUCUAGUUGUACAAUAGAAUUGCACAUUAUUCUGACAGUGAUGGGACGUAAGAAUAAUGUUUAGCUUAGGCUUUUUAAUUGGAAAAACGCAUAACAUAUGGUGCAGGCUAUGAUGCAGCUUCCUGUGUAGAACUGAUAUGCACUUCCUCUGAAAUAUAACUCAAUAUGUUCAUUUUACAGACCAUACCAACUGGGAUUAGUUCAGUAAUUCAUUUCAAUUUUCUAAAUGGUUUACUUGUUUGCUAAGUAUUUCAUGUCAUAGAGUUUGUUUAAAUAUGAGUUUUUUGGAAUAUUCCCUAAAAUGGCCAGCUCCAUAAAGUCACAAUGGUCCAAUUUAGGUAUAAUUUGGUACAUACGGAGACUAAUGAUGGGUUUGUAAAUGAUUUAAUUUGCAAAGAACUGGGAUGUCUAAAAAAGAAACAGAGGGUGUUAAGUGCUAUCCUCAGGGGUGGAGUCAUGGUGUUACAUACAGUUGCCAGAAUGUCUGACAAUCGGUCAAAACAGUGAGUGAUGAUCAGACCCAGAGGAUGCCUGGCACAUGCAUUAGAGAGCAUAAUAUGUCUACUGGCCUUCCCUGACUUUUGGACGCUGUUUAUACCAGUUGCUGCACCAGGUCCCAGCAGCUGUGUGCAACACUAUUGCUCCAGCUCUAAUGCCACCACUCCUACCCUGUUGUGUCCAGUCUGCAUUUAAACAUGUGCAAACUUUGAGCUUAAUAGUUUCUGUCAUGACCAUGUCAGUCAUUUGUGUUACCAAAAUGGAACACUGCUGUUGAUUCACUGCCAGACUUUAAUACCUUAAAGUGUAACCAUCAACAAUGCCCUGUUUACUUUAAAAGAAAUACUGCAAAUAUGUUCACCCAAAAAUUAAUACUCUGCCAAAUUACUACCCUAAAUUAUACUGUUUGGGCAUUUGUAUUAUUUUAUGUGGAUGGAAUCUUUCACAGAUACAAACGGCUGCAUUGGACGUCUUCUUAGGAUUAUCGGGUUCAGCCUUAGAGAUGUGGAGGGAACCUCCAUUAGGUCUGAAAUGAGCUGCUGCUCCUUUUCAUUGAAAGGGGUCAGUUGAGGUGGUUCGGGCAUCUGAUCAGGAUAACUUUUUGGCGUUCCUCUCAAUAUUUUCGGGGCAAGACCCACUGGCAGGAGAACCCAGGGCAAACCCAGAACUUGCUGGAGGGAGAAUAUAUAUCCCUUCUGGUCUGGGAAGUCCUUGAGAUUUUAAACUUAAUGCUCCAUCUUUUUCAAAAAACAAUUACACAAAGACUAAAAACACUUCCACCCAGAUUGAUGGGCAACAGCAGUUGCUUCUCUAGGACCACUGCUCUUUUGUUUCAUUCUUUGUAUUUGCAUAACGUACCUGGAUGUUUUAGAGCAGAAAACAGACAGUUUUUGUCUAAUAGAAAAAUAUCUAUGUUGUUUUUAAUAUUCAUAAAGUUUUGCAAAAUGUCAUAUGAUCUGUGUUAUGAUCUAAAAUAAAUGACCUUUGAAAUGAGGGGGGAACUGACGUUUUAAUCCAGAUGUGCAUUUAGGUUAGGUAAAGUAUUGUUAGAAUAAAAUACAAUUCCGUUGUAUGUUGGUAGUCUCAAUUCUACUACAUUGCUAGUGUCUGUGGUUGUGUAUAAGGAUUUUUAUGUUAUUUAUGCUGUAACCUGUAUUAAUAACUCCCAUUUCUUCUGAGGCAUGCUUGGGAGACGCAGUAUAAAUUUGUAUGUUGUUUAAAGAUGUGUUUUGAUUAGAAAUCGUAUGUAUAUAGCAACUGAGAAUGCUCUUUGAAUUUUAGAGUAUUGUUAAUAUGAAAAAAUAAAGAUUUUAAUGUCCUCAGUAACUUAAGCAGAUUGAUUCUAGAAGGAGACUUUUUUUCAUAACUCAAAAAAGUAUUUUUUAAAAAUCCAAUAAAGCACAAUGGCAUUCCUCCAAAAGA